AUGCAUGGCCUGUGUUGGCCUCACUCACUCACUCACUCGCUCGCUAACCCUGCCCUGUGGUCACUUUAAACAGAUCGCUUUAAAUGUCUUCGGGGUCUUGAAAGCAAGGGCCAACUCAGCACAGCCGAGUGUAACCUGAAUCGUGAAGCUGAUCGCCGGCUCCCAGAGGGUAAAAAUAAACCCUGUGCUCUGUCUGUCUGCACACAUCUGAUUAAGCUGCCGAGUGGGUUGCGAAAUCUCACGCUUACCCAAAACCUGCUUAGGAACCCAGAAACUGCUGCCCUGAUACAUUUUUAAGUGCAAAAAAAAAAGAGCAGGACAUCUGCCACCAGCGUCUAAUUGAAACCCCCCCCUUGAGAUCGGGAAGCAUGGAACAAGGCAGGAAAAGGAAGAAGAACAAGGAGGGGAGAUCAAAAAAUGGUGACCAGCCCAAGAGGGGCGUCAAGGCGAGGGGUAGCGGCAAGCAGAUGAGCGCCGUGGCCGACAGCGUGGUCCGGCCCGCUCCCCCGAGCCCGGCCGAGAAGGUGAUGGUGAAGAAACCCAGCGACGAGUCAUCCUUCACCUUCUGUCUGCAAGUGCUGGUGCCCUACGUGUUGGCAGGGCUGGGCAUGGUGAUGGCAGGGAUGGUGCUGGAUCACGUUCAGCACUGGACUGUGUUCCAAAACAUCUCCGAGCUCUUCAUCCUGGUUCCUGCCCUGGUUGGUCUCAAAGGCAACCUGGAAAUGACGUUGGCAUCCAGGCUAUCGACAGCGGCUAAUACCGGCCACCUGGACGAUCCAAGUGAAAAGUGGAAGAUGGUUAUCUGUAACCUGGGUUUGAUCCAGGUCCAGGCUACGGUGGUGGGUUUCCUGGCAGCGAUCGCCGCCGUGCUCCUGGGCACCUUCUCCAGCGGGCGAGUGGACCUGGACCAAGCGGCCGUUCUCUGCGCCAGCAGCAUCGCCACAGCUUUCAUCGCCGCCCUGGCAUUAGGGCUGGUGAUGAUCGGAGUCAUCCUCGUCUCCAGGAAAGUUGGGAUCAACCCAGAUAACGUGGCGACACCGAUCGCAGCGAGUCUUGGCGACCUGAUCACGCUCUCCGUCCUGGCCGGCAUCAGCAGCACUCUAUUCAAUCACAUCGACCUCGUUUACCUCUCGCCGUUGGUGUGCGUUCUCUUUAUUGCUCUGAUCCCCGUCUGGGUGCUGAUCGCCAAGAGGAGUCCUGCCAUCCAGGAGGUGCUGCGGUCUGGCUGGCAACCAGUCAUCACCGCGAUGGCGAUCAGCAGUGUUGGAGGACUCAUAUUGGACAGAACGGUCACAAACCCCAGCUUCGAAGGCAUGGCAGUAUUCACUCCCGUUAUGAAUGGUGUUGGAGGAAACCUUGUUGCCAUUCAGGCCAGUCGCAUCUCUACCUUCCUGCACUUCUGGAGCAUACCUGGAGUCUUACCCCACAAGAUGCGUCAGAACUGGCCCAAUCCCUGCACAGUGUUCUUCAGCUCAGGUGUGAAUUCAACUUCCGCCCGUGUCCUAUUCCUGCUGGUGGUGCCUGGCCACCUGUUGUUCCUCUAUACGAUCCAUCUCCUUCAGGGGGGUCACCUGCCCAUCACCCCUACCUUAAUCCUCUUCUAUCUGACGGCUGCCCUCCUGCAGGUGGGUAUCCUGCUCUACGCAGCUGAUCUGAUCGUUCGCCUGACGUGGCGUAGAGGGCUGGACCCUGACAACUUCUCAAUCCCCUACCUCACCGCUAUGGGAGACCUGCUCGGCACUGGGUUCCUGGCUCUCUCGUUCCACUGCGUGCAGCUCAUCAGAGACGAUCUUUGAGAAUGAUGGAGCGGGACAUGGGAAAGGUUUGCAAAGGCUGACAAGGUUAAAUUCCUUAACGUGUCCUGCGUCGAUGGAGGGAAAGGAGAAAGUCAAGUCAACUGGGCACGCCACUCCCACACACCUGCGUGUGCGUGCCUCUAUUCAGCGAAGGCUUCGAAAGCAAUGUUAGAGGAUGAUCCGAGAGAUCAGAGAACACCCCGGGCAGCAAACUGGAAUGUUACAUUUUGUGUUAAAAAAAAUGGCCAUGUCACAUUGAGCGGAGAUUUUCAUCGCACCUCCGAGUGCACGUUUCGCACUGAAGCUUCUCAGACAGUACCUCACAGUCAGAUUACAAUCUUGUAAUAUACUGUAGUGCCUUUUGUGUCCUGGCCAACACUCCUCCAGAUAAACCGGUCAUUCAUUUCAGUGCCGAUUGUGGGAUUUUUGCCAUGCUCAAAAAGGUCUAAAGAUCUCAGCGUCCAUCUACGAGGUGAAUGGUGAUUUUAUCUGGAGGAUUGCUGGCCAGAGCGCAGGGAAGAAGGAAAUCCCUUGCCUUUACGACUUAUGUCGUGGGAUCUUCGAUGAUACAUUUCACAAAUAAAUUGACAGCCCUUUC